AUGGCCACGAAAGAAGACUAUCUUCCGACGACGAAAUUCAUAGGGUUUGACCCCAGGACCUCCGUUUACCAGCUCCACAACUUUGUCAAUAAGCAGUGCGAGAACCUCAUGCUCGAGCGCGUCCUAGUGUAUUAUAAUGGAAACGAGGCAUAUGCUUUGGUUACAACUACCAACGAGCAGCUGAUAGCAAAGAUAUGCAUCCAUUUCAACGUAACCUCUAUCCCAGUCGGUCGAGUCAACGUCCAGAGUAUGUUAUGGAACAGUCAGUAUCAGUACGACACCGGUAAGAAGGCAAUUCAGAAGUUUGCCGACGAGUACCCCGGUGAGGCCAUGAUCAUGAUAGUGAUGUACCAUUUGGCAGACUGCACCAUGGCCACUGACUGCGUAACGCUUCUAGAUGAGUUUUGUCAGUAUUACCCCUUCGAUUCUACGGAUAAUCUUCAUGUCAUUGUAAAACCAGACUUUGUCCCGCACGUUGUUCAAUGUAUUAAGGGGGGUCAGAUAAUCUUCAAGAAGGACCCGCCAAGCUUCAGGGUGCACCCUAAUCUGCAGACAAAAAGCCCCACCUUCAACAGACUUAAGCUUAAGGUCGAGGCUAUGCCUGACAUGGCAAACGACCUUGUAGAUUGGCUUUUCAAGCGGAAGUAUAUGCCUUCCAUCAAGAUUAUGCGCAAGAGCGAGAUGCUCUACCCAUGGGAUCCUAAACCAGGAGAGCCUGUUAUACGGAAUAAGACUCCGCGGAAAAAGCCUUCAAAGAGCAAGAAUCCUAUGUGGGAUAGGACAAAUGCUAACUUUACACCCGUCUACUCGGCCACCGAAGAUGGAUCUAUUAUUCGUCAUGGAAAGGCGAACUGGACCUGGGACUGGAAGGCCGAUGAGGUAGAGGACGACGGCAAGGAAAAGGGCACUAAACUUACAUGGUCGACGUCUCCUCAGGUCUUUUCAGAAGCUCCAAAGUAA